GUUAGCAGGAAAAGAAAGUAUCAGCAGCUGCCACUCCAGACACACACACACACACGCUCACACACUGGCGAGCCGACAAAAUGAUCCUGCUGCUGGCAUGGACCCUGUUGACAGCAUCACUUUGGAGAUCUGGUUCCAGCCAGAUCCUACGAGAAGAACCCACCAGCGUUCGUUACCCGGCGCUCAACAGUAAUGAGAAUAUUGAGUGUGACUGUGUCGACAGCUACUGUGACCUUGUCUACUGGUUCCGCAGUAAUGUCAACACCGGCAAAGUGGAGUACCUUGGCAAAUGCAACAACGCUGACCGAGUCACUUAUGGGGAUGUGGAUGAAGCUCGGUUUAAAAUCCAGAAGAGGGGCAGUAUGUCAUUUGUACUGCGUAUCACUGGUGUGACAGAAGCAGACGCAGGGAUUUAUUCUUGCAUCCUAAAGGACAAGAGCCAAAAUGACUUGUGGAAGCCGGGGGUUCUUCUUCGACCAGGAGUGACACCUCCACCUCCAACAUCACCGACCAAGACAAAACCCAAACCGUCAAUCUGUCGCUGCUCUGGCAAGAACCCUCCACUGGUCUGUGGCUCGGCGAUCUUGUGGCCGCUGGUUGGACUUGUUGCCGGUUUGACUUUGGCUCUCAUCUGCACUCUCUACUACUUCAGCCGGCUACCGAAAAAAUGUCGCCACCACUUUGUGAAGAAGAGGCAGAUGACUUAAAGCGCUGCAGCUGCAUCUUCUAUCCAUCUCAAACGGCUGAAGCGCGUCGAUCUACUGAUCCGUCCGGUGGAGCGUAAAGGACGACGAUCAACUCCCCGAAGAGUCACUCUGCUACCAACAACAUGUCGUGUUUAUUUACAGUGAAAUGUGCCUUCAGCCAGAGAAGAGAUUUAAGAGCAGCAGCCAUGUAAGAUAUUGUGAUAUUUGUUGUAUAUUUUAUAAGACGGAGCUCCACAAAGUUCAACCUCUGCUGUAACUUUUUUGUCUAUAAUGUGUCAUGAAUCUGAUUUAUCAAGAUGAUUUUUCAGAUUCUUUUUAAGUCAGGACAAAACAGCUUUUUUCCCCUAAAUCUUAUGCAAAUGUGUCGUAUUGUAAAUCAAUUCAUUUACGUACCAGCAUCACAAGGAUUAAGAUACAGUAUUUGCUCUUUUUUUUUCUUUUUUUUUGGCUCUUUUCUGUAUUUAUUUGCAUUUUCGUCUUUGACCUUAUUGCUGUAUGUAUACAUCUAUCUCAAAGAAGGAUGCUCUGUCAUUUUUUCUGUGAGUCAUCAAUAAAAACUGUAUAUUUCCAAUCAUCA